AUGUCGACUUUGUUCGUGGCAAAGAGGCAGGCCGCCAGGGCGGCAUCUCAGUUGAGAUGUUUUAGCUCUACACCCUCGCGCGGAGCUGCAGAGGUCAAGAAGCUCGGAGUUCUGGGCGCCGGACAGAUGGGACUGGGGAUCGCCCUUGUGGCUGCAAGAGUUGCACAGGUUCCCGUUACGCUCGUUGAUCCGAGUCAAGGAGCAUUGGAUAAGGGGCUAUCACUGGCGGACAAGCUCCUCUCUAAGGACAUUCAAAAGUCACGCAUCAGCCAGGAGGAUGCCGACGCCACCCGUGGGCGUCUCAGCCCUACCACGUCCAUGGACUCCCUGGCCGAUGUGGACUUUGUGAUUGAGGCUGUACCCGAGAUCCCGGACCUCAAGUACGAGAUAUUCGGCAAGCUGGCGCAGAUCUGCCCCAAGCACGCCAUCCUGGCGACCAACACGUCGUCGAUCUCCAUCACGCGCAUCGCGGCGGCCACUACCAAGGACGCGACGGACCUGUCGGCCAGCUCACGGGUGGUGUCGACGCACUUUAUGAACCCGGUGCCCGUCAUGAAGGGUGUCGAGAUCAUCAGCGGCCUGCAGACGAGCCAGGAGACGCUGGACGCUGCCGUGGCCUUUUGCAAGGCCAUGGGCAAGGUCCCCUCGACGUCGGCCGACUCCCCCGGCUUCCUGGCAAACCGCAUCCUGAUGCCGUACAUCAACGAGGCCAUAAUCUGCCUCGAGACAAAGGUCGGCGACCGCGACUCGAUCGACGCCAUCAUGAAGACGGGCACCAACGUGCCCAUGGGCCCGCUCCAGCUGGCCGACUUCAUCGGGCUCGACACGUGCCUCGCCAUCAUGAAGGUGCUGCACACGGAGACGGGCGACUCAAAGUACCGGCCCAGCGUGCUGCUGCAGAAGAUGGUGGACGCUGGGUGGCUUGGCAAGAAGAGCGGCAAGGGUUUUUAUGAUUACUAG